AUGGAAGCACCUGCCAUGGCCGGUAGUCUUCAGCUGGAGGAGCAUAUGGAGGACAACACCUGCCAAAGGUGGGAUCUAGAGCAUCUGCUGCCCGCCUGCCCAGUCCUUCCUCCUGAUAAAAGUGCGGUUGGUGGUGAUGAGCAGCGAUCCGUGAGAAAGGAGAGGUGGAAGUCGAGGAGGGAGCGCCUUCAAUGCCAACGUCUCUCCCAGCCAGCUCUCAACCACCAUUACGGCAACAUCAACACAACUCCCCCACUAUUAAUACUAAUUCAGCAAUAUAAAAACUGUAGUGUAGGAAAUAUAAUGUAUUGAUGGAAAUAGGAUGUAGUCGGAAUAUAUUUCUGGUUAGUGAGAUCAUAUCUGAAAUUAUCAAUCAAUAUAUUUCAUGUAAUUACUUGUUGAGAAACUACCCACUGGAAGCACUCUAAAAACAAAAUGUAUUUACAAUAGGAGAUCUCGAGGCCAUCUUCUUUUCAGACGCCUCGGAUGGUUAUCAGGGAUAGAAGAGGAAGCAAGGUUAGAGACGAGAG